UCACGUCAGCUGUAUUUUGAAUUCACGCAGACCUAACCUCAGUUAUUGCUCAAAUUUCGGUAGUUUCUGUAGCUGAAUGGAACUAAUAAUUUGUGUCAUACAUUAAUGACAUAACGACAGUUUUAUAGAUUUAUUAUAGUUUCAAUUUGUAUAUGUUUGAUGUGUAAUUGAUAAUAUGGCUCCGCUGCCAAAGUCAAUUAUUUGGGGAAGUACCAUUGCUUCCCUAACAGGAUUCGUUUAUCUACUUAAAGAUUACAAUGGUGGUAAAAAGUAUGAAGGAAACGAAAAGUUAACUGACAAAGUAGUUAUUGUAACUGGUGCCAAUACUGGCAUAGGGAAAGAAGUUGCGCAUGAUUUAGCCAAACGAGAGGCAAGGGUUAUUAUGGCUUGCAGAGACAUGUUCAAGUGUGAAACGGCGAGAAAACAAAUAGUUAUUGAUACAAAAAAUAAAUAUGUGUAUUGUAGAAAGUGUGACUUGGCAUCUCAAGAAAGUAUUCGAGAUUUUGUAAAACUUUUCAAAAAAGAACAUCAAAAAUUGCACAUUCUCAUAAAUAAUGCUGGAGUCAUGAGAUGCCCCAAAAGUCAAACUAAAGAGGGAAUCGAAAUGCAAUUGGGAGUGAACCAUAUGGGCCAUUUCCUUUUGACAAAUUUAUUAUUAGACACUUUGAAAGCCUCAGCACCCGCAAGAAUUAUAAAUGUUUCCAGCUUGGCUCAUGCAAGAGGAAAAAUCAAUAUGUAUGAUCUUAACAGCGAUGAAAAUUAUGAUCCUGCUGCUGCAUACGCGCAGAGUAAAUUGGCUAAUGUGAUGUUCACCACAGAAUUAGCUAAGCGAUUAAAAGGUACCGGAGUAACAGUCAAUGCAGUGCAUCCAGGUAUUGUUGACACAGAGUUGACAAGGCACAUGGGUUAUUAUACUAGCGGUUUUAGUGCUAUUUUCUUAAAACCUCUCAUCUGGCCAUUCAUAAGAACGCCAAAACAAGGAGCACAAACAAUUUUGUACGCCGCCUUGAGUCCUGAAUUGGAAAAAGUGACAGGGCAGUACUUUAGCAAUUGCAAGAGGGAAGACGUCAACCCUAUUGCAGAGAAAGAGGACUUGCUGGAAUGGCUAUGGAAAACCAGUGAAAAAUGGACUCACUUGUCGAAUAGUUAACUAUUGUAAUUUUUAAAUUGUUUGUAGAUAAUCAUUUCUAUAAUAAAACUUUUGUUGAUAUUUAA